AUGACAGACAAUAAAGAGAUAUUUAACCUGUUGAACCUGGAAUUGGAAAAAGAAGAAAGUCAAGGUGACAAAGUAUAUAGAAAUCCUACAAAGAAGGCGAAAAAGGUACAAGGGUUGACUGGGAUAUAUGAGAUACAGGAAAAAGAAAAACAAAGAAGCUUUGGCCUAAUCUUUAAGCCUUUUUUGGAAAUGAAACUAAGUCAAAGAAGUUAUGUGGUAAAAAGAAAGAAGAGCUCUCUGCCAAAUGAGAAUAUGGCUAAGAAAAGUUUGCCUCAAGGUAACCAUACUAUGGAGAAGAGCCCUUCGUCCGAUAUAAGUAUGGCCAAGAAGAGUCAACUAUUAGGCAAAGUUACUUCCGAGAAGAGCUCUCCAUCCAAUAUAAGUAUGGCCAAGAGAAGCCAACUGUUUGACAAAGUUACUUCUGAGAAAAGCCCUCUAUCGAUAUGA